CUUUCGGACUUGCUAUAUAAAGAAGUCAAAAUUAUCAUUUUAACAUUCAGCGUUCACCUACCAUAGAAAGUAUAUCUAGACUAAAGUAGUUAAUAUUUCACAAUGAUCAAAGGAUUCGUUCUCCUAGCACUUUUAGUGGCUGUUGCCAACUGUACUUACUACAAGGGUGGUUAUGGUAAAGGAUACGGAGGUGGAUUCGGAGGUUUUGGUGGUGGACUAGGAAGAGGUGGAUACGGAGGUGGAUAUGGAGGAUAUGGUGGAUACGGAGGUGGAUACGGAGGCAUUGGUGGAUACGGAGGUGGAUACGGAGGUUACGGUGGCGGAUAUGGUGGUUACGGAGGUGGAUACGGAGGCGGAUACGGAGGUUACGGAGGUGGAUAUGGUGGUUACGGAGGUGGAUAUGGCGGUUACGGAGGUGGUUACGGAAAAGGAUACGGAAAGGGACUUUAUUAGACAAGGAUGGAACUUACUGGUUAAAAUGUGAAUUCCAAAACCCAAAAGCCAGGACUAGGGAAAACAAAUGAAAACCGACCAAAUGCCAAAGACGUGACAAAAAACCGACAUGAACACUUUAAUUAUCAUUGCAUUUGUCAUUGUAAAUAAAACAUUUACAACUUUCUAA